CCGCCCCGGGCGGGACGCGCUGGCACGGCGGGGUGGCGGCCGCAGCAAUCCGGGGCCGCCCCUCUCCCGCCGGCUCCUUCCUCCGCUGCCGGACAGGCCGUGCGGGUCGGAGCCGCGCCAGCCAUGCGGGGCUGCCCGCCACGCGGUGCCUGCAACUGAGCUGCCGGCCGAGCUCCCCGCGCCCAGCUGCGCCCCGGCGGACCGACCAUGUAUCAGAGCCUGGCGCUGGCCCCCAACCCCGGGCAAUCGGCUUAUUCGCACGACUCCGGCAGCUUCCUGCACUCCUCGGCCAGCCCGCCCGUGUACGUGCCCAGCCAGCGGUUGCUGCAGCCGCUGCCCUACCUGCAGGGCUGCGAGCCGACGCCGCAAAGCCACCCGGGCUGGGCGCAGGCGGGCCCCGACGGCGCGGCUUUCAACGCGGGCAGCCCGCACCCCUCGCCCGGCUUCUCGUACUCGCACAGCCCGCCCGUGAGCAGCGCGGCCGGCCGCGACGGCGCCUACCAGAGCCCGCUGCUGCUGGGCAGCGCCGGCCGGGACCAGUACGGCGGCGCCUUGGUGCGCUCCGUCGGGGGGACCUACUCCAGCGCCUACCCGGCCUACGUGAGCCCGGACAUGCCUCCGUCCUGGCCCGCGGGGCCCUUCGAGAGCAGCGUCCUGCAGAGCCUCCAGAGCAGGCAGGGCCUGCCCGGCCGGAGAGCCACCUUCGAGUACUUGGAGGAGUUCCCCGGGGACGGCCGGGAGUGCGUGAACUGCGGGGCCAUGUCCACGCCGCUGUGGAGGAAGGACGGCACCGGGCACUACCUGUGCAACGCCUGCGGGCUCUACCACAAGAUGAACGGCAUCAACCGGCCGCUCAUCAAGCCGCAGAAGAGACUGUCAUCAUCUAGACGUGCUGGUCUUUGUUGCACUAACUGUCACACAACCAACACCACCCUCUGGAGACGCAACGCAGAAGGAGAACCCGUCUGCAACGCCUGUGGAUUAUACAUGAAGCUCCAUGGGGUACCACGACCUCUGGCAAUGAAAAAGGAAAGCAUCCAGACGAGGAAAAGGAAGCCUAAAAACAUAAGCAAAGGCAAAACUUCAACAGGGUCGACAACUUCAGCCACUAACUCCCCUUCCUCCAUUACAAACUCAGACAGCACCGUCACUUUAAAAACCGAGCCCAGUGUGACAUCGCAGUUCCCGGGACAAACGAUCGUGUCGAUUUCCCAGGCUCAAAGCCAAUCAGACGAUACACUGGCCGGCGGCCACUCCGAGUUCAAAUUUGAGCCUGAGGAUUACACCUUCGCUUCUGCCAUGACUCCGCAGUCAGGACUCAGCGUCCCCCUCCGUCAGGACUCUUGGUGUGCACUGGCAUUGGCGUAGAAACUGGGCUUCCCAUGAAACACUCUGGACCAACCUUUCUACCUUUCUCACUACUGGAUUGCAGGUAGAAGGACUGGCUGCCUUGGAGCUUUGGGACUGGAAGGUUUCCAAGUAGUCAAUCUGAUUCUGUAUUGAAAGACAGAUUUCUCUCGGAUGGGGUGAGUGAGAACGGUGACCGAACGUGCCCAGGUUCGUUCUCCUUGACUGACCGGUUCUGUGGUACUUGCUUCCCUAAAAGCUUUUAUUCUGCCGAAGUGAACGGGAGACCCUUCCCCAAAGCAGGACGGAUGGGGGCGUCUGUUUUCGCAAGGAAACUUUUUACCUUCCUGAGAUGAAACCAAAAAAUAAAUGCAUCCCAGAAUCUAUGUUUAUUCAUGAUGAUUUCUCCCUCUUCUGACUCCUCUGUGUGCAACUUAUUCCACUUUCCAAUAAAGACUGCAAUAACAUGGCACCAAGUAACUUAAUAUUAUUAAAAUGUAAACUGUGUGGCCUUUUUAUGCUUUAUUGGCCAUGGCAGGAAAGGGGGGAGUGGGGAACCUGUUGUUCUAAACAUUUACUGUUUUAUAUUAAAAACAAUCAUCUCUAUAGA